UUUAAGUCAAUAUUGAAAAUGAUUCUUCGAUUCAGGUCGAAGGACGGGAUGUUCAGGGUCAAUGCUGAACCUGACACUGAUUUUUUGAACACAUUGGAGGAAUUAGUUAAUAAGAUUAACAUUAAAGAUCCACAAUCGAUUCAUAUCAGUGAUCGACCAAAUGAUAAGGGACAACCGGCCAAUUCGUUUAUUGGUAAGACCAUAGACUCAUUAGGCUUAAAGAAUGGAUCGAUGCUUUUUUUAACAUAUAAUACUAGUGAUCUUACCGAUACCCCAUCGUCUACGUCGGUUCAAGUUACUAAACCAACUAGCAUUUCUAUUGAGCCAAUUUCAAUUCCAAAACCACUUGAAGUUAAGCAAUUACCAGUUGAUGAUUACUUGGAUGGAAAGGAUGGAUAUAUCAAACGUAAUAAGUCAUCAAUGUGUCGUCAUGGAGAUAAAGGGAUGUGUGAAUAUUGUUCACCAUUACCACCUUGGGAUAAGAAUUAUAAAAAAGAACAAGGAUUUAAACAUAUAUCAUAUCAUGCCCAUUUAAAUGAAAUUAAUGACCAAAAAAACAAUAAAAAUAAUGCAACGUCUUAUAUGGCACCAUUAGAAGAACCCAAUUAUAAUGUUAAUUUGAAAUGUCCAUCAGGACAUGCACCAUAUCCUAAAGGAAUUUGUUCCAAAUGUCAACCACCAGUGAUUACAUUACAGCAACAACAGUUUCGUAUGGUUGACCAUGUUGAAUUUGCCGAUCAUUCAAUUUUAAAUAAAUUUAUUGAUUCUUGGAGACAAACUGGUUUACAAAGAUUUGGGAUCUUAUACGGAAGAUACGAAGCUUUUGAAAAAGUGCCCUUGGGAAUAAAAGCGGUUGUGGAGGCUAUUUAUGAGCCACCUCAAGCAAAUGAAUUGGAUGGUAUUACUUUAUUAGAUUGGGAAAAUGAAAAUCAAGUUGAUGAAAUUGCUGCUUCUUUAGGAUUAUACAAAGUCGGAAUCACUUUCACUGAUUUAAUCGAUUCGGGUAUGGGUAAUGGGACCGUAUUAUGCAAAAGACAUAAAAAUAGUUAUUUCUUAAGUUGUUUGGAAGUUUUAAUGGCUGCUCGUUAUCAAAAUAAACAUCCUAACAUUUCCAAACAUUGCAAUAGCGGUCAAUAUUCAUCCAAAUUUGUCACCUGUGUUAUUUCUGGUGGCUUACAAGGAGAAAUCGAACCCCGAUCAUAUCAAGUAUCCACCAGUGCUGAAGCUUUGGUGAGAGCUGAUAUCAUUAGUGGCUCUACUCAACCUUCGCAAUUAAUAAUAAAUCAAUCCGAUGGUAAGAGAUACGUUCCGGAUGUGUUCUAUCUGAAAAUCAACGAGUACGGCUUGGAAGUUAAAACAAACGCUAAACCCAGCUUCCCAGUGGAUUUCUUAUUAGUUACCUUACUGGAUUCGUUCCCACUAGUUCCAACCCCGUUCUUUCAAAAUGGUUUUGCAAUCGAAAAUAGAGACUUCUUGGGUGAAUUACAAGACUUGAAUGCGGUCUACAAACACUUGAAUAACGAUAAGGGCGAUGGAAGCCAGUUAUGUGAUUUCCACUUACUCGUUUGUUUGGCCAAAUUAAACAUCUUGGGAGAAGCAGAAUACAACCUAAUUCUCAAAUUCGUGAAGCACCGUCAGUACGAGGACUAUCUCCAGCUAGUAGAGAGUCCCGGCUGGAUGACCUUGAUCACCAUCUUAGAACACAGCCAUUAGAGCCUUGUAUAGAUUUUGCAGUCAAUGUUCAACUUUGAGAGCAAUUAGUCAACCCGUACCUCUGGGGUUCUUCUUCUAAGAAGUUAGAAGAAUAUUCUAGAUUGUAAGUAGUGUUUGUACCAGGUGAUGAUGUGCGCUAACAUUUUGGUGGUUUUUGUUAAUGGCACACCUGAAAAAUUUAAUGGCAAAUCGACAAUAAACGCUUUUUCUCCUGGUCUUUUAGAUUUAUUUAACCAUCAAAAGUUCCAAAGGAAAAUUUUUUA